AUGCGAGAAGGGAACGAUGGACAUCUGCUCAUCGGAAUUUCCAGCGAUGCCUUUUUCAAUAUCCUUAAAUUUUUAACCUUGAACGAGACACUAAAGCUGAAAUUGGUGUGCAGGCAUUUCAGGGAGUACAUAAAAGACGAGAAGGCCUUUUUCCAAAAUGAGUGGAUUUGUUUGAACAACUACAUACGAUUCGUGCGUCUUGUGCACCCGGAGAAGUUCGGUUCCUUUCUGGUGUCCCUCCUCAGUGACGAACAGAAUGUAUACGCUAGUCCUCUCUCCGCUAGACAGGACCUCCAGUUCGGGAUAACGAAGAAGCAGCUGCUGUUGUGCGACAAGCCAUUCCUGAAAAAGAUAACGCUCAAGGGUGAUUUCCUGAGGAAUACAAAUUUGUACGAUAUCAGCCAAGUGUUAAGAGCGCAUGAGAGUACCCUCCAAGAAUUGCAUAUCCAUGGAUUGAACGAUGUAAACUGCCCUCUCUUUAUUUAUUCUCACCAUGACAUCCUCUUCGAUUUCCUUUCCAAGGAGGUUCUUAUGAACAACCUAUCUGUACAACGCCUCAAAAAAAGUAGCUUGAAGCAUAUUCAGAAUUUGCUGCUGCAGCGGAAUGGGGGGGAGGCCACAUCGGCCAGGCUAGAAAGGCCCCCCCUUGGGAAGUCAUCAGCGGGGGAAUCACCAACGGGGGAGUUACCAACGGGGGAGUUACCAACGGAGGAGUUACCAACGGGGGAGUUACCAACGGAGGAGUUACCAACGGGGGAGUUACCAACGGAGGAGUUACCAACGGGGGAGUUACCAACGGAGGAGUCUUCUGCCGAAGAAUCACCAGCCGAGGAGUCACCAGCUGGGGAAUCAUCACGGAUGUCGUCACCACGGAUGUCGUCACGAGCGGAGGAGGAGUCAUCCCAUGAUGGCCCCACCGAGAGGGUCCCCAUCGGGAGAGACAAAAAGGUGCACCUCCUCUGUGAGCACAUCGGCGUGGUGUACAAUUUGAGAAAAAGAUGCUUCGAAAAAAUACAAAACUACAAGCCCAAGUUGCAUCUAAGUAAUUACAUAAGCAGUCUGAGCUGUUUGGAAGUUAUGAACCUAUCAGGAAUUCAGAGCUACGACAUGAUAGAGAUGAUGAUCUCGGUGCAGCUACCAUCUUUGAAAACGUUAAACAUCUCCUGCUACGACUACUUCUUUUAUUUUUACCAUAUGGUAGUCUCCAUCUGUCUAUAUGGAAGUGGCAAAGAGGUGUUUUCUCGCUACUUGGACUUAAAAAAUAUGGAACUGAACAGAGAAAAAAACGAGAGGAAGAGAAGUGAAUGGUACGAGAGGAACAAGGAGAUGCGCCAAUUGAUUAAGGAGACUGAUGAGGAGGUCAUUCAGGUAAACAAAAUUUCCACUGCCUGUCAGAAGCGGUAUGAGGAGGAUGUUAUAAAUUACUACGCACUUAAUGUCAGUAGGAACGACAAGAAGAUUUUCUUCACUCCAACAUACAAGGAUAGAAUCUGCAUGAGGGGGAUCAACCGCCCGGUGCACUAUGCGGAUGGUAGUUACAUAUGCCAUGACUCGGAUGGUGAACCAGAUAGACAGAAUUCUCGACGAGAUGAUGAGGGGGUUCCCCCCAAGGCCAGGCACGACCAGCACGACCAGCACGACCAGCACGAUCUGCAUAACCUGCACCGCCAGCACACCCAUAUGGACCAGCUGAGCCAGCAUGCGGAAGCCCCCAGAGAGGAUAGCCCCUGCAGCACGCUGCGCAGUGUAGGCAGCAGCGACGACAGCCCAUACAGCACGUUACGUAGUGUGGGGAGCGAAGCAAGUGUAGAAAGCGAUCAACGAAGUGAAUACCGCACAGAGGAGAAAGCGUCUCCAAAGGGAACCCCCGCAUCUGUACCAGCACGUGCACGUGAACCCCCAUGCCAGCCGACAUCCCGUCACACAGUUACCCGAGUGACAGAGGGAAAGCUGAAAAAACUGAAGAGGGGAGGGUACAUAUGGCUCGUGGAAAAUCAAAAGCACAAAAAAAACAUCAGUAUAGAAAUGUUGUAUCUGUGCAAAAAUAUAAUAGAGAAGGAGGAAAAAAAAGGGAGGAAAAAUAUCAUCUGCUUAAUGAACAACCUGAACGUGGAGCAUUUCUCUCUUUUCAACUAUGGACUGAGUAGUCCUUUCUUGUGGCUACUACUACUCAUAAGAUGCGAGAAAAUAAAAACGUUGUCUAUCCUGGAUCUCUGCCUAUCCCACCUUCUUUCCGCCUUAACUUUUUUAGAGGCAUACCUCAAGCAACAUCUAUUUAACUUCCAAGGAAUGAUGAGAAGACGCAGGAAAAGACUGGGUAGUAUAUACUUUAGAUUUAAUGAUGAAGAAGACAUUAACUUUAUAAACAGAAUGUACAGUCGUAUCAUUAACGAGUUGAAUUUAUCUAACUUUGGUCCAAGGAAAAAUAGAGUCUUACACAUCGUUAUAUAUGUAUACAACAACAAGAAGGAAAACAAACAGUUCGUAAAAUAUAUUCGUAAAAUAUCUCGGUCCCUCUGGCGGUGCAAUUACGUAGUGCACUACUCCAUUCAAUAUUACAAAUACAAAUACUUUAACCGAUACUUUGACAUAGACAACUUGUAUAGGGACUACGUUAUGAACGUUUUGCUCACUCACCAUAAGUUAAAUCAACGCCUGAUAUCGCGCCGCGCUCUCCUUCCCCGCCAGGACCGCCCUUAG